AUGUUCCCAGAAUCAGAUGAUGGUAACAACAUAGAACUUGGUGCUACUUUACUCACUACUACUAGAGGUAGCGUGUGCAACAAGAAAUGGCUUCAAUGGUUAUACAAGAAGCCUACAACUUCUAGGGCUAACUAUGAAGAAUCUACAUCACCUCUUUCCUCAGUAGAACUGCGCGUUACGAAUGAUAUUGCUGGAAUUGUGAAGGAGAAGGACUUGAAGUCUCUUCUUGAGUUUGGUGGGGUUGGUAGAGUUUGUGAUGUUCUCCGUGGUCAAAUUCAUCACUCAUCAGCAGAGAAGAUCACUAGGAACCUUGGAUCAAGCUUCUUUGACUUUUUAUGGUAUACCAUCAAGGACAAUCGUUGCACAGUUUCAUUGCUUCUGAUUUCAGCUUUAUUCUCCUUAGCCAUAGGAUACAUGGAGGAAGGACUCAAGUAUGGUUGGCAUGAUGGUGUUGCCAUAGCUUUUUCUGUUCUACUAAUGCUUGCAUUCUCUUCAAUAACAAGCUUUUGGCGUCAUAGGAAAAUGAUGAACAAACCGACAAAGCGAAAAGGCAAGGAGGUGAAAUUCAAUGUUAAAAGAGGUGAAGUGUCACAGUCUGUUGAUCUUGAUCUCUCAGCGUCUGAUAUUGUGGUGGGUGACAUGAUGUUUCUGAGUCCUCAUGAUGAAGUUCCAGCCGAUGGUUUGCUUGUGAGUCAUGGAAUCCUUGUGCUGGCUAAAGGAAUCAAAAAAGAAAAAGUUGAUCGCGAUGAUAAUCCAUUUCUUAUAGCUGGUUCGGAGGUGAUUGCAGGUUAUGGACAGAUGAUUGUGACAUCAGUUCGAAAUGAAUCAGAUUUUGCUGAGAUGAACUGCUCAAUGAGUUCUCACUUUGAAAAGAGAGGCCUUUUGGAAAAACUAAUUGAGAAGCCGAUUUCCUACCUUGACAAAGCUUCUCUUUUUAUCUUUACAUUGGUUGCAUUUGUGGUGUUCAUUCACCAAAUUUGUGAAAAAGAUGGAGAUGGUGAUGGAUUGCCAGAUAUGAAAGUUUCAGUUGGCUUGUUGAUGGAACUCCUUGAGAAUAUUUUGUUGAGACCAAGAGGAAGGAUUUCCAUUCUAGCAUGUGUUUUUACAGCUGCAAUAUUGUUUGUGCAACAUGGAAUGCCACGUAUGGUUACUUUUUCUCUCCAUUACCACAUUAAUGAUGUAGUGCCAGACGAAGAAGCUGUUUUUAAUGAUUUAUCUGCUUGUACAACCAUGGGGUUGGUAACUGUCAUCUGCGUUGAUGUAUCUGGUAGGCUUAUUUCUAAACCAAUGGAGGUCAGUGAAAUCUGGAUGGGGGAGGGGGAGACAGAAAUUUGUGAAGUUGAGGGUUCCGAAACAGUUGUGCUUGACAAGCUUAAAGAAGGAGUUGUUUUAUCGAUUAUUUCACCAGAACUGUCUCUUUCUCCGAGGUCCAGUGCACUUGUUUCUUGGGCAGAAACAAAGUGUGAAAUGGACACUAAUUCUUUCAUAGAAAGAUUUGACAUUUUUAAGCAUAACAAACUGAAUUCUGACAAAGGGGGAAGUGGAGUUUUGGUGAAAGAAGUUUUAGGUACUGAACAAGUUCUGCAUUUGCACUGGAGUGGUUCUGCAUCCACAAUAUUGGAAACGUGUUCACGAUAUUAUGAUGGUCAAGGAGAAUGUCAUGCCAUGGGAAAUCAGAAAAUAAAAUUUGUGCAGAAAAUCAUAGAGAUGGAGGGAAGUGGCCUCAAACCAAUUGCAUUUGCUUAUAGAAAAACGUAUUUGCAGGUACUCGAGCAAGACGAUUUGACCUUGUUAGCUCUGAUAGGUUUCAAGGAAAAAUCUCGAGAAUCGAUAAAAUCAGCUUUGCAAGGUGUCCAAAAUACUGGAAUAAAGAUAAAAUUGAUCUCAGAGGAUGACAUCGAUUUAGUUGAAGAGAUAGCUUAUGAACUGGGAAUAGAAGUGCCGGUAGGCGGUCACCUUGAGGGAAAAGAAUUUAAGGAUUUGCAUGAAGGAGCUAGAUUCGAUGAAGUGGAUAAAGCCAUAGCAAUGGGAAGCUUCUGUGCUGAAGAUAAGCUUUGUAUGGUGAAUUAUUUGCAAGACAAAGGUGAUGUCGUUGCAUUCAUUGAUCAAAGGCUGAUAACUCGUCAUGCUUCAGAAGUUUUGAAAGUAGCCGAUGUAGGUAUAGUUUCCCUUAAUUCUCUGAGGAAAAAAAUGGACAAAGGGAGUUGUGGCAUAACUAUGACAUGUUUCAGUGCAUUGGAACCAAUUGUGAAGGCCGGCAGACGUAAAUAUCACAAUAUUCAAAAGUUCAUUCAACUUCAGCUGACAGUUAGCAUAUCAGGGUUACUCAUAACCUUGAUUACAACAAUUUUCACAGGAAAUUCUCCUCUAACAGCAAUCCAAAUGAUUUGGAUAAAUGUGCUAAUGUGCCUUCUAGGUGGCCUAAUGAUGGUGAUGGAAUUAAGUCGCGAAGAAGAGCUUGCCAAACAACCAUGUGAUAGGAAUCAGCCAAUUAUAACCAUGAAAAUCUUGAAAAACAUUGUUUAUCAGGUUUUGUAUCAGGCCUUCUUAUGCAUGAUACUUCAAUUUGGGGGGCAUAUUACUCACAGUGAAAAGCAAGUUAGGAAAACCAUGAUCUUCAACACAUUCUUAUUUUGCCAGCUCUUUAAUCUGCUCAAUAACGUAUAUUUGUUGAAAAAACAAGGUUUGAAGAUGAUUGUUCAGAACUUGAUUUUCUCGGUGGCUUUAGGCAGUUGUGUUGUAAUGCAGGUUUUGGUGAUUCAGUAUGCAAAAGGCCUAGCAGAUUGCGUACCGUUGAAUACUGCUGGAUGGACUAUAUGUGUGCUGGUUAGCGCUCUUUCAUGGGUAUUUGAAUGGAUCUUGAAGAGUCUUCCAGUUAUUAUGCACACCAAUUAUGCUACAAGCUCCGAACCUGCAGGGACCGAGUUAUUAUUUGCGCCAAUUAUGCUUCAGCAUCAGAACCUGCGGAAUCUACCAGUUUAA